AUGAGGUUCCCCACUCUCUGCAUCACCGCCUUGGGCUUCAUCGGCUUCGCCAUGAGCCAAGGCAGCGAGACAACCCUAACAACAAGGCCAUGCAACAACCCCAAGUACUGCACUACGGUACGCACUCCACCGGCCCGCUCCAACGCCUACACCUCCAAGGAGACCACCGACUCCACCGAGCUCACCCGCACCAUCACCGCGCACCGCCGCCAGCUCACCGUAGUCGAGUCCCAAACCCGAGCCAGCGUCCACACCUCCAAGUCCAUCAAGACGCACAAGCCGCCCAAGCCCUCCAAGACCAAGACUUCCGGGGAUUCUGAAAUCCUUAGGCCCUCCGAAGGUUUCUCGGACUCCGUCCGCCCAACUCGUGUCAGUGUUACUGCUCAGCGUCGCCAGGCUCUUCCGACUACUGCGACUUGUACUGAGAUCACCGAGUGGGACUCCAAGACUUAUGCGACUGCGAUCUCUACGCACAUUCAAUGCGGACCGGAUAAGUCUAAGCCUACUUGCUCUACCUCGUACGAAUGUGGAUGCCAUUCUUCUGCCUUUACGCGGGACGAUAAUCCCGAUAUACACUUUUGCUGGCCCAUGGCGACUAGCACUAUCUUCCCCCCGGACUAUGGUGGUGGACGGUCCCAGCGGUGGGUCGCAAAGCAGGCGAGGGCCACUCAUGCGCCUAGGGCAGCGUCUCAGGAUCUUGGAGGUCGGUCUCAGCGUCUUGUUGCCCGUCAAGCGGUGCCGACAUCGACUUGUUCUCCGGGCCAUGUGGGAAGCGACUGCAGCGUUGUCGUCUCACCGCCUAAACCGACGAAAUCUUGUCCUCCGGGUUGGGUUGGGCCUGACUGCCCUUUCGCAAGUCAUGUUCCAAGCACCCCGACGGCUACGGCUACCAACGAUAUCUACGCUCGCCAAGAGGCUGAAGCGAGUGGUAACCCAGUCUACGUUGUCACGGUCACGCAUAUCAGGCGUGUAACCGCCCGUCAAGAAGCUGGACCGACUGAUCUAGUCGAGGUCAUGACGAACACGAACACUAAAGAAGCUGGACCCGUUCACCCGAUCGUUGUCAUUACGGUCACUAAAGCCCAUGAUAUCGACGAACGUCAAGAGGCUGGGCCGACUGACCCAGUCUACGUUGUCACCGUCACCAACACUAUCGCUACUACCGCCCAUCAAGAAUCUGAACCGACUGACCCAGUCUACGUCGUCACAGUCACCGACACCAACGCUGCCAAUCCACAUCAAGAAGCCGAACCGACAGACCCAGUCUACGUCGUCACCUUCACCAACCCCCUCUCUACCACCGCCCAUCAAGAACCUGAGCCGACCGACCCAGUCUACGUCGUCACCGUCACCGACACCCACGCUGUCAACGCACGUCACAUACCCGACGAAAUUUCUGCUUCCCUUCCUCCUGUGGUAACGGCAGCGGAUUAUGGUUGCCCUCCGGGUACUUGCGGACCAGCUUGCCGUUCCGGUCACUACUGCAACAAACUGUUUGGUCGUGUUGCUGCUGGGGAGGGUGGUGUGGAGGAUGGUGUUUCGAAGGAGCCGGCGGCUUCCGAGGAACCUGUGCCUACGAGGGGGGGUUAG